CAGAGAGGGCGGAAGAAAGUGUAAUAUAAAAAUAAAGAGGAAGGAGAGAGGGCGAGAUGUAGGGAGUCGCUGAGGGAGGAUGGAUCGCAUCGCCGUGUGGAGAUUAAGCCUCUGUGUCCUCCUGCAGUGCUGCUGUGUUUGCUGCCAGCUGUCGGGCUGGGUGGAGUCCCCAGGGUACCCCCGCACCUACCUGCCCUUUGCCAGUCUGAACUGGAGCCGGUGUGCGCCCGAAGGCCACGUCCUCACCCUCACGCUGACCCACCUGGACCUCGAGGACAGUCAAGACUGUGGAAACGAUGCUGUGGAGGUCUUGUCGAACGGAAACCUGAUUUCCGUUCUAUGUGGCAAGAGGACGUAUGCGGAGCUCCUGUCCUCCGUAAACCCCUCGCUCCUCUCCCUCCCGGGUGGCUGUCUCUCUCUGUCCUUUCACUCCGACUACUCCAACGUCAGGAGACACUCCGGCUUCAGAGGCUUCUACACUGUGCGAGACUUUAAUGAGUGUAACGAGGAUCCCGACAACGGCUGUACCCAGUUCUGUCACAACUUCAUCGGAGGUUACCGCUGCUCCUGUAACUUUGGUUAUCAACUGGACACAGAUGGGCACACCUGCACCGUGAGUUGUACUGAGGACCUGUCGGGGUUGAAGGAAGGUGUGAUAUCCAUUCCCUCCUUACCUGGUGCUGCUUAUGCAGAGAAUUCCCAUUGCCUGUACAUCCUGUCGGUAGAGGACCACCUGCAGUUUGAGCUUCACUUCUCCAAAGAGUUUGACGUUCAAGAGGGCCCUGACGGAGAGUGCAUUGACUCACUAAUGGUUGAAACUGACUACAAGACUCUGGGGCCAUUCUGCACUCACACGCCCCCCUCCUCGCUCAUACUCACCCAGUCACAUCAGGUCCACAUUCGCUUCACCUCAGAUGGCUUUGGCACCAACUAUGGUUUCAACGUUGAAUUCAAGACCAGAGCCAAGACUUGUCCAGGUUUGAUUAUCCCAAGGUCCUCUGUGGAGCCCCAGAAACUUGAGUUUUCCAGUGGUGACACGGUGAAAGUCACUUGUGACCUCGGAUACUUUCUCGACGAGCUUGAUGAGAUCGAGAGCACGUACACGUCAACAUGUCAGAAGUCAGGCACAUGGAGUCCCGUGUACAACUGUGAACCUGUGGAUUGUGGGAUGCCAAAAAUAGCACACGAUGACGUCCUUCGGUUGGAAGAUGAUACAAACACUCUGUUUAAUGACGAGAUUUGGUUUCACUGCAUUUCAGAGUACUACGCUCUUGAGAGAAAUGAAUCAUAUGUUUGUAAUGCCAGUGGUUCUUGGGUAUCUGCUAGCGGCAAAACAGAGUUCCCAAGAUGCGUUGAAGUGUGUGGAGUGACCAGCAAUGAUAUUUUAACAACAGGCAGGAUUUUGGGAGGCAGGGCAGCAAAACUGGGGGAAAUACCUUGGCAGCUUUUCGUUAGAGAACCAAGGAGAGGAGGGGCAUCACUGAUUAAUGAUCAAUGGGCUGUUACAGCGGCCCAUGUUGUGGACGAUGUUGAGGAAACCACUGUAGCGCUCUAUGGUGGACUUGCUGAUGCACUCACCGUGGUAGAUAAGCCAUCUGAUGUUCAAGUCAUGGACGUUCACAAGAUCAUAGUUCAUCCAAAGUACGAGAAGUUCACAGGUAGUGUUCAAACUAAUUAUGACAACGACAUCGCUCUAAUCCGAAUGGCCUCUAGAGUGAAGCUAGGGCCCAACCUCAUCCCCAUUUGCCUGCCAGAGGCAAAUGAAGGCUUGCAGGAAAAUCAAGUAGGCACUGUUUCAGGAUGGGGGACUACAGAGAGAGCAGAAGCCAGUCGUUGGUUACGACACGCUGAUAUAAGUGUAUACUCUCGCCGUCAAUGUCAGGACACACCAAUUCAUAAGGGCAAGCACUUGGCUUUUACUGAGAAUAUGUUCUGUGCUGGAAUGCAAGGGAGGGACAGCUGCUCUAAAGACAGUGGAGGUCCCUUUGUUUUACCUAGUCUGGGAAAUGGGAACAAGAAUGGUAUGGGGCCUUAUCGUUUAAGAGGUAUUGUGUCUUGGGGACCUCCUUGUGAAGAAAAACAGUUUAAGGGUUAUUAUACCAAAGUGGAAAAUUAUCUAGACUGGAUUCAAGAGACGAUGGAGAGAGUGGAGAAGGCUGAGCAGACAAGCCACUUGUAAAAAAAAUAGCAGCCAAAAUACUCCUUUCUUUAUUGUCUUCUUCUACCUACUCGUCAUAAAUCAUAAAGAAAUUGAUUGAAUAACAUUUCUAACAAUCAAAUAACACAAUCACACAAGUUUUGAUCACAUUCUAAGAAAGCAAAUAAUUUGUAAAGAAUUGCAGAAAUUUUGCUAAAGAAUUUCCUACAUCGCUCCUGUUUUCUCACUUUUUACAGUACAUUCAUACGAUGGAGUUGUAGCUGGUAAAAGCAAAGUGAAAGUAAAAUUCUGGCUGUGGAUGGAUGAUCUUUACAUUUUAUCUUAAUUACUUUUUUUUCUCCUUCCAGAUUUUGAAACAUGUACUAUCCGACAAAGUCAAGCCGCUGUUAAGAAUGAUUUCUCAUAGUACAAGCUCAUAAAAUGUAGUGAGUUUACUUUUUCCCUGCUAGUGAAAAACAAACAAACAUGUUAAUAUGCAGUCCGUGUGUGUGUGUGUGUGUGUGUGUGUGUGUGUGUGUGUGUGUGUGUGUGUGUGUGUGUGUGUGUGUGUGUGUGUGUGUGUGUGUGUUCACUCAUCACUUGAAAUGUUGGAAAGGCAACGUCAUUCACCUGGAACCAGAUGAUUUGAUCAACGCUGACUGAACUAGACAAGUGUAUUAUCAAGAUACAAUCGUAUCUUCAGCGACAGAUUAAGAGAAAUAAUUCAAGGGGUUUAUUCAGAGAAUAAAGCUGACCUGGUUGUACAUUUUCUAUCCCAUUGUGUCUAGAGCAGGGGUGCCCAACCUUAAUUGAACCAAGAUCUACUUUUACAAUUGUCAGCCAGCCAAGAUCUACCAGCCCAAAUAUGGAACUGUGGAGUUAGAAAACAACGAGACAGGAGAUGUGAGAGUAGACGUAGUCAAGGUAGUUUACUAGCUCCAACUUUGCAUGUCAUACAUUCGACAAUGACACUGAACUGUGUACCGGAAGCGGAAGUGCAUUAUCUGACCCCUCGCCUCUUCCCUUAAAGGUACACCGUCCUCUUAGGUGAAUGUCUCUAGUUAUAUAGAUGUGGGUCACCACAGAACCGUAUUACUGUAAUAACCAUUAAAUACACACGAGAAACAGAAAAUAAUACAGCCACUAUACAGUAUAGUUCUCUGUUAGAAAAGUAGAAAUAAAUGUCAUUCUCUACCUUAGUGGGACCACCGGCACUGGGAGGAGGUGGAGGCUAGAGAGGGUGAUGAAUAGCUGCUCCUUGACUGAUAUAUUUCGUGGGGCACCAAAUCCUUCCCUGUCUUUGUCGCCAUUUUCUUUUCCAUUCCAGUCAUUAAGUUCAUGCUUAGCCUGUCCAAGGAAACUGAACAGUGCAUUAAAUUGUAAGGAAUCAAGUCCAGUAAACUAUUUAAAUUUCUUGUCAUCCGCAAUUAUGCGAUUGCAAUUAUGCGAUCACACGACUUCAAAUGAACUCUGCUGGAACUAGAGGAUCUUGCAUUUGUUCCUUCUGUUAUGAACUGAUUUCUGUAAACCAUAGUUUUAAAGGAGCUGGGCCUGAGAGUAGGAACAUUGUACGCCGGCCUGAUAGAGACGGCCUUGGAGUAGAAGCACUAUGUGCACCAACCUCAUUAGGACGGCCUUGAAGCAGGAAUGCUAUGCACAUAAAUCUGAUUAAGACACGGGCUACACCUGCAAGACAAUGUGAGGGAAACGGGACCGAGAGUGACGAAAGGAAACCAAGAGGAAGAAGAUCACGCCUGUCUCCGAAAAACACCACGCCUUGUUGUUUUAGUAUUUAAGAUUAUGUUCUUCCACUAUUUGGCAGACGACUCCCGGUUGCACCGAGGGUACGUCUCCAGCGCUGCAGCAUUACCUGUCAACCAUUUGUUGUGUGCCAAAUAAAAUGACACGAAC